AUGUCUCAAGCAGAAAUAGACGAGCUGAAGAAAGCAUGUGAUGGCUCGGAUGAUUUUGAAGAUAUGGCAAAAAGACUGACAUCAACAUUUCAGAGCGCAAAGUAUGCCACCGUUAACAUAGGCAUUGUCGGCGAUGCAGGGGCAGGGAAGAGUACUUUCAUCAACUCUUUCCGUGGUUUAAGACCCAAAGAAGAAGAAGCUGCUGAAGUCUCAGCCAUUCGCCAUACUACCAACAAAGUCACGCGGUAUCCGGUACCAGACAAUCAAAACAUUGUUCUCCUGGACUUCCCUGGAGUCAUCUUUCGAAGCACGGGCACAGGUGUAGCAGAGGAGUUUGACACGAAAAGCUACCUCGACCUGCAUGGUGCAGAAAUGAAAAAUUGCGAUCUUUUCCUCAUAUUUGUUACAGGCCGUGUGAGUAACAACAUCAUCUGGAUUGCAAAAGAAGCCAGAAAAAUGGAAAAGAACGUCCUCUUCGUCCGGUCAAAAAUUGACAUUGACUUAGCAAAUGAGAGCAGAGAUCACCCCACUCGUUUCCCCAAAGGCACAUCCUACACCACACUGGAAACACAGCAUUUUGUCGAGGAACUGCGCCAAGCUACAGCAGAGGAGCUAAAAAGGCUUGAUUAUGGCGAGGUAAAAGAGACAAGAGUAUUUGUCAUCUCUGGAGUGUUGGAGUGUAUGGCUGAAGGUCAAUAUGACAUGACGAAUCUCCGGAAAACUAUCUAUAACAGUGUGUCUCCAGACAAAAAAGCAGUUCUUAUCACAAGCUUGUCAGACUUUGCCACUGACAUGGUACAUGAGAAAGCAAAGUAUCUCAGAACACGGGAAGCUAUUGUAGCGGCCAUGUGUAAUGCAGUCAUCAGUGCCGCCCCUGUGCCAGGAAUUGGGAUAGUCACAGAUAUUGUGGCCCUUGUGGUAGCGUACCAUCGCAUCAAGUCUGCCUUGUGUCUCAACGACAAAUCCCUCAAGCGACUAGCAGAGCUAGGAAAGAAGGAUUAUGACAGCCUCAAGAGGUUUGUUGACAGAAGACUUGUGUUGGGGGAAAGCAUUAAGAAUGCCUCAAGUCCCCUCGCACUUCGCACUAUCAUCGCUGCUACUACAUCAGGAGCUAUGAUAGCUGCCCUUGCUGUCACAAGUUUUACUCUUAACAUUGCCCUUCCAGUUGUUGGUGGACUCAUAGCAGCACCAGCCUCAGCUGCAUUGGUGGUGUAUGUCACACGUGAGAUGAUCAACGAAAUGGAGUCAUGUGCAGUUGAUCUCUUCAAGUAUGCAUAUGGAAAAGACCCAGGCCCAGCAUACAUUGGGAUACUUGGUAAAGAAUGCUCCAACAGGACUGAGUUCCUGAACUCCAUCCGUGGCAUCUGUAAUACUGAUUCAGGUGCAGCUAAUGCAGACAAGGCCAUCCAAAAGCCUACAGAAUGCGUGUCUUCUGAUAACCUCGUGUUUGUGGGGUUUCCAAGUCCACAGGUGAAGAAGUCAUUUUUUCAACAGAAAAUCGACAAAGAGGCAUACAAGAAGAGCUUUGGUGACGACUUGAAACAAUGUGACAUCUGCCUGACAUUCAUUGACGAAGAUGUAACCACUGAAAUGAUCACCGUUGCAAAGAUGGCAAGAGAGAAAAAUGUCAAAGUGCUAUUUCUUUGGCCAAAUGACAGCCAUCAUUCAACAAACCAAAGUGGAAUGAUCAGCAACUGCCAGAUGAAUCUUGAGAAACUGAAGUAUGGUGACAUUGAUGCAUCUGACAUCUUCAUCAUCAGUACUGAGUACGAGGCAGUGGCUCAAGACAUUGGACAAAUUCCUGCCUUAAGACAUGCCAUGUUCAAAAAACUCCAAGAUACUGAAAAGACAGACAGGACAGUGAUGCAUUUCAGCUCAGACACUUUGCAGUUGGAAGAAGGUGAUGCUGGAACUAUCUUGCACAGUCUCGAAGCUAAAGAGAUGGUAGAGCUGAACCAAUUGGACGACACGACAAACCUGACAAAGAUUGAGGAAGAUGGCCUACCAAAGUGUGAAGAGACAAUGAUCCGAGCAGGAGUCAUCAGUGACCAUGGUGCUGGAACAAACACCUUCAUCAGUUCUUUCUUGGGAUACCGUGAGAAGGUGGCAUCUCGUACAGCAGCCGGACCCACUCAAACAGAAUACACGUCAGCGGACUCGGAACGGCCACAGAACCUCACUGUCGUCAGAUUCCCAGCAGUGUCAUUUGCAAUAGGGAGGCCAGAAGACAUCAAGUCCCGGUACAUGUCAUGCCAAAUGAACAACAUGGACAGCUGCGACAUCUUCCUUGUUCUUUGUGGAGAGGAUGUAGCAACAGAGACGAUCUGGCUAGCAGUGGAAGCAAUGAAGAUGGACAAGAAGGUACUAGCACUAUACCUACAUGUACCUACCUAG